AUGGUGUUUUGCAAAUGGAAGACUACUCGCACACGAGAACGGGUACAAUGGCUGGUUCCUCCCUCAGAAAGACAAAGCUCGGGCAUAAUGGGGCCCAAGGCGGCAGGCUGCUUUGGGAAGAAGCUGAACAACUCUUUUCCAGCUACUGGCUGCCAGAAACUCAUCCAUGUGGAUGAUGAAUGCAAACCCCGUAGCUUUUAUAAGAAGCGAAUGGCCACAGAAGUUGCUGCUGAUGCUGUGGGUGAAGAACGGAAGGGUUACACGGUCCGACUUAGUGGUGGCAACGACAAACCAGGCUUCUCCAUGAGGCAGGGUGUCUUGACCCACGGCCGUGUCCACCUGCUGCUGAGUAAGGGGCAUUCCUCCUACAGACGGAGGACUGGAGAAAGAAAGCACAAAUCUGUCUGGGGUUGCACUGUGAAUGCCAAUCUCAAUGUUCUCAACUUGGUCCUUGCAAAAGGCGAGAAGGACAUUCCUGGACCGCUGAUACUACGGGAGCCCCUAAAGAGCUCACCUAAAAAAGCUAGCAGAAGCCACAAACUUUUCAGUCCCUCUAAAGAAGACGAUGUCCACCAGUAUGUUGUGAGAAAGCCCCUAAAUAAAGAAGGUAAGAAACCUACAACCAAAGUGCCCAAGAUUCAGCAUCUUGUUACUCCGUACGUAAUCUACCACAAAUGGCGCAUUUCUCUGAAGAAAGAGCAUACGAAGUAAAAUAAGGAAGACGCUGCAGAAUAUGCUAAAUUUCUGGCCAAGAGAAUAAAGAAGGCCAAAGAAAAAUGCCAGGGACAGAUUGCCAAGAGACAGGAGCUGUCCUCCCUGAGGGCUUCUACCUUUAAGUCUGAAUCCAGUCAAAAACGAGACUUUUCAGGAGUAGGAGAUGACUCUGAAGGCUCAGGGCGAGGCCACAGGAUGGUUGUAGCUGUCCAGAGCACAGAAGACAUACACCUGAAUAAAGGCAAUGACAGAGAAAGUGGACUCAGAUGGCCCAUAAAUGUAUUUACCGGCCUUAUAAGAAAGACUGAGGUACAUAGAGAUGACGAAGCUGACAAAGGCAGCCACCGGGUUUCAAAUCCAGACACACUGACUCUACUGCCUAUACUGUCAGCAGAAGAGAUUCAGCGACGGCAAAAAAUCUUUCAAAAAGAAAGGCUUGCACUGAGUUCAGAACCAGCUGGCUUCCAGAACGGCGUGCAAUACCUGGUCCAAGCAACUUCCGUAGAGAUUGUGGCUUAUGGCUGUGGCGCUCCCGCCCCCUGCUGGCUGCAGUCGCGUAUUGCAUGCUCUUCGCUGCUUUCUGCUCAAUUGGCAGGAGCACCUCUGUGCAGAACAAUGAUCACUGAAAUUUCUGCAGAACAGAAUUAUGCCUGA